AUGGCAGGCCUGAACCCCCUGGUCUUUCUGGACAUGGCUGUUGGCCGGCGUGCUGUGGGGCGGCUGAAGUUCGAGCUUUUCCACGACAUGCUUCCGAUUACCUCGGAAAACUUCCGCUGCCUGUGCACCGGCGAAACGGGACUCGGCUAUUGGCUCCGACCUCGAUGGUACCGAGAUACGAGGAUGACCCGGAUCAUUCCUGGCAUGAUGUGCCAGGGUGGUGACUUCAACUUCGGCACAGGUGCGAUGGGAGAGUCAAUCUAUGGGCAGAGGUUCAGAGAUGAGAAGUUCUGCUAUAAGCACUCAAAGCGUGGGGUUCUCUCAAUGGCCAAUGCCGGGAUACGCCACAGCAACAACUCCCAGUUUUUCAUCACCUUUGCCCCCUGUCCAUGGCUGGAUGGAAAGCAUGUGGUCUUCGGGCACGUCAUCGAGGGGAUUGAAGUCUUGGACGAGAUCGAGGCCUGUGGCACCGAGGGUGGGCGGCCGAAGACCCGCGUUUGGGUGCAUGGCUGUGGGGAGGAGACAACGAAGCUUCUCAGAAAGGAGGCACUCGAUUCAAUGUCGACCGAGGAUCCGGCAGAGCAGGCGAGAGCAGCUCUUGAGGCGCAGGCCGAGGCAAUGAAAAAGGUGGAGAGACCCGAGGUGCUGGAGCACAUCAGCGAGGUGUCGCCCGUACCGGACGAGGUCUGGAAGAAGGCACGAGCUUACAGUGACAACAUGCUUUGA